AGCGGAAACAAAACAGCGGAAAGUUACAAAACAUCAACAAGAAUCGUCGUUGGGUCGCGCGACAGAAUCUGUCGUGAACUUUGGAAUCUGCUUUGUAACAAUGCGUUGAUUAUUAGAUCUUUAAUUUUACUAGAGAGAUCAACAUGGAGGCGAAGUUAAAGAAAGAGUUGGGGACAACCAUGCUAAAAGCUGCAGGCCACGCUGGAGGUGGAUGUAUUAGCCAGGGCCAGAGUUUUGAUAUUGACACUGGGAGAGUGUUUGUGAAGAUGAAUCACAAGAGUGAGGCCAAACUGAUGUUUGAUGGAGAGAUGGCAAGCUUGGAAGCCAUUUUAAAGACGGAGACUAUUAAAGUCCCUAAACCUGUGAAGGUGAUUAAGCUUGACACCGGAGAAUGUGUAUUUGUCAUGGAAUAUCUGGACAUGAAAGGCCUUUGCAAGUUCUCAAAAAAGCUAGGAGAGCAGCUGGCAGAUCUGCAUCUUCACAACAAAAGACAAAUGGAAAAACAAGAAAGAGAACAGCAGACAGUAGGUAGAGGAGCUGGACAGUCUGAGGCAGCUGUUGUUGAGAAGUUUGGUUUUGGUGUAACCACAUGCUGUGGAUAUUUACCACAGGAGAAUGAGUGGCAGAAUGACUGGGUGUCAUUUUACUCCCAGCAUCGGCUACAGCACCAACUUAACUUGGUGGAGAAAUCGUACGGAGACAGGGAGACCAGGGAACUAUGGGCAAAGCUGCAGAUUAAAAUUCCUCAGUUUUUCACAGAUGUGGAGAUUUUUCCUGCUCUCCUGCAUGGAGACUUGUGGGGAGGCAAUGUAGCAGAGUGUGCAGAGGGCCCUGUCAUCUUCGACCCUGCUUCCUUCUACGGCCAUACAGAGUAUGAGCUUGGUAUUGCCAAGUUGUUUGGUGGCUUUAACAGCUCUUUUUACUCUGCUUACCAUGAUAAGAUUCCUCAAGCUCCAGGCUUUGAAAAGAGAAACCAGCUUUAUCAACUUUUCCACAACCUAAAUCACUGGAAUCACUUUGGCAGUGGCUACAGAGGCUCAACAGUUAGAAUUAUGAAGAAUUUACUCAAAUAGACACUAACAGAAUGCUCUGUGGUCUUGUUCCCAAGUCACAUUUCAUGAUAGCAUGAGUAUUAAUGUCAUACAGCAUGGCAUACUUUGUUGGUUUACUAAAUCAUGCCGUGUUACUCUAAAUCCUGUGUGUUAGAGCUUUAUAAACUAAUAUCUGCACAAAUGAUAAUGGAUGG